AUGGCUGUCGACUCUGGCGCUGAGCCGCUGGCUGCUGCGCGCAUCCCGUCUCUGCCUGACUCCAUGUUCUACAUUCCGAAUUUCAUCACCUCUUACGACGAAGACCAGAUUCUCAGCAAACUCCCUCCCAACCGUUGGACUGUACUCUCGCACCGCCGCCUCCAGGCGCACCCCUCCACUCUGACCGCCAACAACACUUUGCUCGCCGCGCCGCUGCCACCCUACCUGACCACCUCUCCCACACCCAUCCUUGAGCACUUCGAAAAGCUUGGCAUAUUCAAAGAUACUCCACAUGGCGCUCCCAACCACUGCUUGGUCAAUGAGUACAGAAGAGGCGAGGGCAUCAUGCCGCAUGAGGACGGAGCUGCCUACGCGCCUAUUGUUGCCACGGUGAGCCUUGGCGGUACAGUGGUUCUAGAGGUGACUUCAAAGUCGGUGUGGGAGGCGAACAAGAAAGAAGCAGACCAGCAAGAUGAAGAGCCGGUCGCAGAGAAGGACGGAAGCCAAACCAAAUGGCGCAUCGUGUGUGAGCCACGAUCCCUACUGGUCACUACCGGCUCUGCAUACACUACCACACUCCACGGCAUCCCACCCGUAGCAAUAGAUCCUGAUCUUGGGCCAGGCACCGUAGCCAACUGGUCGCUUCUUGGCAACCCGCAGCAAUAUGUAGAAGCGGAUGGCAAGAACGAGCGUGGAACAAGAGUAAAAUACUAG